AAGCAUUUUUAUAAAUAACGGCCCGCCAAAGUCCAACAAUAUCCUUUGAUUCUUCAACCAUUAGGCAGUGAUAAUCGGAGAUGGCGAUAAAUCAAGUGGUGGUGAUGCCGUACCCAGCUAGGGGCCACCUGAAUCCUCUAAUGAGCCUCUGUGACUUGCUUUCUUCCAGAUCAGACGGCACCACCAUCUUCACCGUCGUAGUCACGGAGGAGUGGCUAGGACUCAUCGGAUCUGAUCCAAAACCUGAUAAUGUCCGAUUCGCCACCAUUCCUAAUGUAAUUCCAUCUGAGCAUGGCCGCGGCUCUGACAUGAUCGGAUUCCUCACCGCUGUUCAAAGCAAAAUGGAAGCUCCAUUUGAAGAGGUGCUUGAUCAGUUAAAGCUUCCGGUGAAACUCAUAAUCGGCGAUGCUUUUUUGAGCUGGAUUCUAGAUGUUGCUGACCGGAGGAAUAUUCCGGUGGCAGCCUAUUGGGCGAUGUCUGCAUCAAUGUUUACCAUGUGGUAUCAUGUUGACCUCCUUGAACAGCAUCGCCACAUUUUUGUUGAUUUAUCAGAAAGAGAAGAAGAAUGGAUCGAUUACAUCCCUGGAUUAUCUCCCACGAAAGUUGCAGAUAUAUCUCCAGUCACCAGGGAACAACUUCAUGUUUCACCUAAUCUCAUAUCAAUGAUGAAAAGAGUUCAAUAUCUUCUCCUACCCACAAUCUAUGAAUUAGAACACGAAGCUGUGGAUGCACUAAGAUCCGAAUUACACAAACCCAUCUACACAUUUGGACCAAACAUACGCCAACUCCAACCCCAAUCACACGAAUCCAAAUCCAAAUACAUGACAUGGCUAGAUUCCAAGCCUCCAAACAGUGUUCUAUACAUUUGUUUGGGAAGCUUUCUUUCGGUUUCCACUUCCCAAAUGGAUGAAAUCGCAGCCGGUUUAAAGCAAAGCGGUGUGAAUUUUUUAUGGAUCGCUAAAGGAAGGUUGAACGGGAGUUUUGGUGAUGAAGGGUUGGUUGUGGAAUGGUGUGAUCAAAUUAGAGUUUUGUUGCAUUCUUCGGUGGGAGGGUUUUGGAGUCACUGUGGGUGGAAUUCAGUGAAGGAGAGUGUGUAUUCUGGUGUUCCGAUGUUGACUUUUCCGAUAUUUGCUGACCAACCACUUAAUAGCAAGGUGGUUGUAGAUGAUUGGAGGAAUGGAUGGAAGAUGAAGAAGGAAGUGCGUAGAAAUACUUUGGUGAAGAGGGGGGAAAUUGCAGAGAUUGUGAGUCGGUUUAUGGAUAAUGAAAGUGUGGAGAGAAGAGAAAUGGUGGAACGGGUGAAAAAUCUUCGGGUUGUUUGUCGUGUGAGUAUUGAGAAAGGUGGAUCAGCUGCGAAAGACGUCGAUGUUUUUAUUAGAAACAUUAUCAUCUAAUUAAUCAUCAUGGCAAAUGCAAAUAUACGAUUAUGAAUAGACAAUUAGACAUGCGUGUGACACCAUAAAGUUUAUGGCUUUACGCAAAUAAUUUUGAAUUGUAUGGCUCGGGAAUAUAGAUGGACGUGACGAAACAAAUUUCAGUCAAAAUGUGUAUUUUU